AUGGGUGGCGACCUCAACUUAAAGAAAUCAUGGCACCCGUCCCUCCUCCGAAACCAAGAGCGCGUAUGGGCGGAAGAAAAACGCGCGCUGGAAGAGCGCAAACGAAUCGACCAACUCCGCCGCGAGCGCGACGAAGAGCGACAAAUCCAAGAACUCCAGCGGUUACAAGAAGGGACGGGGAAACCGAAGCAGAUCCAGCGCGUGGACUGGAUGUAUCAAGAACCUGGGUCCGGAGGGGCUGCUGGGGGUAUGUACGCGGAGGAAAUGGAGGGGUAUCUGUUGGGGAAGAGACGGAUUGAUGGGAUUUUGUUGAAGAAGGAAGGGGGUGAGACGGAGGGGUUGAAGAAGGGGGCGGAGUUUAAUGCGUCGCUUGGGGGUGGGAGUAGUGCAGUGCAGCCGGUGGUGAAUUCGAGAGAUACGAUGGCCAAGGUGUUGGCUGAUCCGCUUUUGGAGAUUAGGAAGAGGGAGCAGGCGGCGUUGGAGGGGAUGGUUAGGGAGGAGGUUAGGAAGGGGGGAGGUUCUUCGAGGGGCGGGGGGGAGAAGAGGGAUAGGGAUGGGCAUAGGGAAAGGAGGAGGGAGAGGGAGAGGAGGCAUAGGUCGAGGUCGCCGGAGAGGAGGCGGAGAGAUGAUCGUGAUCGUGAUCGUGAUGAUAGGGAUAAGGAGAGGAGGAGUGAGAGGGACCAUAGGAGGGAUAGUGAUCGAGACUAUCACCGCUCGAGCAGACAUCGGGAGCAUCGUGAUCGUGAAGAUCGAUAUGACCGGCGAGAUCGAUCCCCUGCGGAUCGCCACCACUCUGACAGACGGCGCAGCGACGAUCGGAGAGAAAGCGAUGGAUACAGAGAUUCUCGAGACAGGGACCGUGAGCGUGAUCGCAGAGACCGCGACCGCGACCGAUCCAGUCGCUACCAUCAAGACAACAAGAGAGACCACCGUCCCCGAGACAGAGAUACAUACAGCCGCGACAAGCCCAACGCUGAAGAAGCCGAGCAGAAGCGCAAGCAGCAAGAGGAAGAACGGCAACGCAAACUAGCAGAGAUGCAAGCGAACGCGAGCGAGAUGGAGGAUGCUCGGCGACAGCGCAUUGCGGAGGUCACUGCUAUUGAAGCGAAGCAGCAUGAAGAAGAUGAGAAACAUCGCUCGGAGAAGGGUCGUUUUGUGUCGGGGCUGCAUAAACAGCUUCAGGAGGAUAGUCUGGAUGAGCGGAUUAAGCGCAGUCGGGGCGGGUUAGCUCGCUUGGAUGAGGAUUAA